AUGACACAAACAACCCAAACACUCGCCCCGCACCCCUCCAGGCUCUCGGUCGACAGCAAUGGCAGCACUGUCGAUGUCGAAAAAUCUAGAAUAUCAGUCGACUCAACAUCGGAUGAAGCUACUAUUCGAAUCCCUUUCUCCACAAAAAAGACCUCAAGAAAACUAUUCUGCGCCAUUUUAAUUAUUGCCAAUAUCCUUUUCAUUGCGUUGGUGGUCGGCUUAGCUGUUGGACUGAGCUUGAGACUUAGGCAUCCGGGGCCUGGGUCGGAGUCUUCUUCAACGUCAUCCGGGGCUAGUUCGUCGCCUGCUGGUGUUGAGGAUGUUUCGCAUGGUGGUGGGGGCGGAUCUAACCGAGUUUAUUAA